AUUCUUAAUCAUCGUCGUGGUAGGAAAGACCGAAACUAACGGGACGGAAAGAAUAUUGAAUUAUUUCUUUGAAAGACUAAAAAUUUGAGAAAAGAGGCCAACAUGGAGCAUCUGAUACAGAACCAAGUUAUUUCGGCCGCGAUGCAGCUGGAGAAGCAUUUGGACAACGAGCUAGACCGCCUGGAGAACCUCAACACCGACGAUUUGGAAAAGCUACGUGAACAGCGCAUUCAGCAGCUCAAAAAACAGGCCCAACAGAAACAGGAGUGGAAGAACAUUGGGCACGGCGAGUACACCGAGCUGGCGGACGAGAAGGAGUUCUUUGCGAUAUCGAAAAAAUCGGCCAACAUUGUGUGCCACUUUUAUCGCGACUCCACACCACGCUGCCGCAUCGUUGACAUGCAUCUGAAGAUUCUUGCCACCAAGCACCUCGAGGCCCGUUUCUGCAAGGUGAAUGCCGAGCGGUGUCCGUUCCUAACAGAGCGCCUCCGUAUCAAGGUGAUACCAAGCAUUGCGUUGAUAAAGGACAGCAAAACCAAGGAUUACAUCGUGGGUUUCACCGAUCUUGGGAACUGUGAUGAUUUUAGCACCGAAAUGCUGGAAUGGCGCAUCGCACAGUCCGGAGCCAUCGAAUAUAAUGGCGAUCUUCUCUCUCCUCCGGAUACGAAAAAGCAAAAGAAACCGUCAAAUCAGAAAACAAUCCGAGGUGGCUACGAUUCGGAUGAUUCCGACAUUGAUUUUGAUGACUAGAAAACCUUCCCUCUGUGACCUGAAGCCUGCCGUUAGAUGGCCGUCCGAAACGGCAAAAGACAUAGCGCAAUCGUGUAGCGAUAGAGUUCCCGCAUCGUCCAACGUUAGAUGUCUCUAAGGAAAACAAAUCAUCCCGUUAAUUCCCGGCGUUCCAAACGGAGUAACGCCCGUAUCGUCUUUAACUAUUGCUACUGAUAAUAUUAUUACAUAUUUUAGGAUAAAACGGCUUAUCGAAAGACCCAACCCCCUUGCCGCUCUUAUCGGCUAAACCUUCUGCGUAUCGAAUUUCCCUGCAUUAUCCGAGGACUUAAAAACCCAUUGUGUAAACUGCAGAAUGUGUCUUUUACGUUUUUCGUUUGAAAUUAACAAAAUUGCACAGUAUUUUACUCAUCAUCCGUACGGCACAUAUUUAUACCCUUCUGUGUUUCAGGUUUUACACAACUAACAUACAUAGCCUUAUCGUAACGGAAUCAUUUAAGGCGACUAAUUUAAGCAUUUCGCUAUGGCUUGUGGCUGAAAAGUCGGUAGAAAAUGUAAUAAAAACUGUCGAUAGUUUUUUUCUCUCUACCUUUCUCUUCGCACAAGAGAAAACUAAGAAAUCAAAAGUGGAACAAACUGUUUCGAAUCAGCACAGAAUGAUAGCAAGGAUACAAUUCUUUUGCUUACCCCAAUGUAACGAUGUACUCAUUAUAAGUUUAAUAAAUCCCUCGAGAACAGAUGUUCUUAGUAGAAACAUACG